AUUUAAACGCGGGCUGGAGGCGAGGCAGCAAAGUGCAGCGCACGCCCGCCAACAUGAAGCUCGUCCUCGUCCUGCUCCUCGCCGCCGGCACCGCCUCGGCGUCGCGGCCCCUGCUGCCGGUGCAGCCUCUGGCGCCCGUCAACCCCAGCCACACCUUCGAGGAGUGGGAGCGGAUCAUGGAGGACGCCCAGGAAGCGCUGCCGGAAGUGUGCGAGGGGUGCCAGAAGGGGACGGAGCCGCAGCCUGACGUGGCUGGCGUGCUGGCUGCCGGCGUGGAGCCCGCCCUGGGCCGUCUGGGCACCCUAGGCGGCCUGCGUGUCAUCGGGGGCUCCCAGGCCGUGGCGGGCCAGUUCCCCUGGCAGGCGCAGGUCAACAUGGACAACAGCUACUUCUGCGGGGGGUCCAUCAUCAGCAGCCAGUUCAUCCUGAGCGCCGGCCACUGCGCCUCCGGGUUCAGCCUCUUCCGCAUCGUGCUGGGGUCCCUGUUCACGGCGGACAUGAGCGAGUCCAACAGGCUGACCUACGUCACCAGGGAGGCCUACGUGCACGAGAAGUUCGACCUGGCCGCCAUCCUAAACGACAUCUCCGUCUUCAAACUGCCCGCGGACGGCAUCACGACUUGGACGCCGUACGUCCGGCCCGUGCUGCUGCCAUCCUUCAGCCAGGCCAGGGAGACCUUCCUGGGCCAGACCGUGACGCUCAGCGGCUACGGCCGCUACGGCACCAGCAGCGUGUCGCCGUCCAUCAGCCCCGUCCUGCGCUGGGUCAACCUGAACGUCAUCACCAACGCCGAGUGCGCCAAGACCUACGGCUCCGUCGUCAAGUCCACGGUCCUCUGCACGGCCGGCGGCACCCGCGUCGGGCCCACGGGCUCGUGCAACGGCGACUCCGGCGGCCCGCUCACCGUCAGCAUCAACGGCGCCGCCGUGGAGGUGGGCAUCGUGUCGUUCGGCAGCAGCCGCGGCUGCAACCUGGGCUACCCGUCGGCCUUCACGCGCGUCACCUCCUACCUGGAGUGGAUCAGCGACAAGACCGGCAUCUCCAUCCGGAAGUAGAGCAAACGGCAGUGCACGGAUCUUUGUUGAUAUUUUUACACCUUUUUUUACAUUGAGUGAUGAUGAUUGUGAUUUGUUAUUUUAAUGAUUUUUGUAGAAAUACACGGAUUUUUAUUCCUGUCA